CGGUCGGUGGCCGGGGUCUGAGCUGUCUGCCUCUCGUGUGCUGAGAAAGACCCCCCAGCGCAGCCAUGAAAACCAUCAUCGCAGCCUAUUCCGGGGUACUAAGGGGUACCGGCUCCAGCAUCCUCUCCGCCGUCCACGACUUGGCCUCCGUGCCCUGGCUCGACAAAUCCAGGGUGGAGCGGCAUCUCCAGAUCAUCUCCGUCCUGCAGUGGGUCGUCAGCUUCCUGAUAAUGGGGGUCACCUGCACUGCGGUCCUCCUGUACGUCUUCUGCACGGACUGCUGGGUCAUCGCGGCCGUAUACCUCGCUUGGCUGGUGUUUGACUGGAAUACUCCUCGUAAAGGUGGGAGGCGAUCCACGUGGGUCCGGAAUUGGGCUGUCUGGCGUUACUUCAGAGACUAUUUCCCAAUAAGGCUGGUUAAAACGCACAACCUGCUUCCUAGCAGGAACUAUAUUUUCGGCUACCAUCCUCACGGAAUAAUGUGCCUGGGAGCGUUCUGUAACUUUGGCACGGAAGCCACCAACGUGUCGAAAAAGUUCCCAGGGAUCAAGCCUUAUCUCGCCACGCUGGCUGGGAAUUUCCGCAUGCCGGUGCUACGGGACUACUUGAUGUCGGGAGGUAUAUGUCCGGUUGAUCGGGAUGCUAUAGACUACAUUCUGUCCAAAAAUGGCACCGGAAAUGCUGUAGUUAUAGUUGUUGGUGGAGCCGCCGAGUCCCUGAACUGUACGCCGGGGAGAAACGUGGUCACGUUAAAACAAAGAAAAGGCUUUGUAAAGAUCGCCCUGCAGCACGGGGCCGACCUCGUUCCCAUCUACUCAUUCGGUGAGAAUGAAGCGUAUAAGCAGGUGGUGUUUGAAGAAGGCUCUUGGGGUCGGUGGAUACAGAGGAAGUUCCAGAAGUACAUCGGUUUUGCCCCAUGCGUCUUCCACGGCUGUGGUUUCUUCUCGUCAGACAGCUGGGGUCUGGUGCCUUAUGCAGCGCCCAUAAACACUGUUGUUGGCGAGCCGAUUACAGUUCCCAAAAUGGAAAACCCAAGCCAGAAAGACGUGGAUCUGUAUCACGGAAUGUAUCUCAACGCUCUUCUGAAACUCUUCGACAAGUAUAAGACCAAGUACGGCCUCCAGGAGACCGAGGUGCUGGAAAUCAACUGAUGGGCUCAACGAUUGAAAGCGAUUUUUCACCUUGACA